UAACACACUGUCAAACCACUCCGAACGGCUGCGAUCGCGACCAGGAGGCGUUAAUUGAACCGUGCGCGGCCAUGGCGGUUCUAAUUGGCCGCUGAAUCCGGCUCGUAGCUCUCGGCUGCCCGCUCGCAACUUAGUCCAGCCGGGCUCGAUUCGCUCGGCGUGUGUGUGUGUGUGUGUGUAUGUGUGUGUGUGCAUCGGUCUCUACUAGCGAGCUGGCGCUCUUCUCGCUAUCGGCGAUUUCUUUUAACUUUUCCCAACACUCAGCCCGGCGGAUGACGGCGCGCCGGCGGAGCAUGGCACCCUUGGCGUCUUAGGAAGCGAGCGAGAGGGGUUUCGACCGUUUUGCACGCGACGACGAUGGCCAAUUCGACGGGGAAAAACCUCCCGGAUCAGCGGAGGAAAGGACAGGCUUUCCUGGACGAGCUGCGGCAAUUUCACCAGAGCAGAGGGUCGCCGUUCAAGAAGAUUCCUAUCGUGGGUGGGAAAGAGCUGGACCUGAACGCUCUCUACAUCCGAGUCGUCUCUCUGGGAGGCUUCGCUAAGGUCUCGGACAAAAACCAGUGGUCUGAACUCGGAGAGGAGUUUCACUUUCCAAGGAGUUGCUCCAACGCAGCGUUUGCUCUAAAGCAGUACUACCUGAGAUACUUGGAAAAGUAUGAAAAAGUCCACCACUUUGGCGAGGAUGAUGAAGAGGUGCAACCGGGGAAUACCAAACCUUCUCUCCCAGUUGGUGCGAUCCCCUGUUCCUACAACUACCAGCAACACACUGUAUCAGACUAUCUUCGCCAAAGCUACGGAUUGUCCACGGAUUUCGUUCUGCCGUGCGACUACCACAAACUUGUGCUGUCUCUUCUGUCGGGCCUGCCCAACGAGGUGGAUUUUGCUGUCAACGUUUGCACUCUCCUCUCCAAUGAGAGCAAGCACGCCAUGCAGCUGGACAAGGACCCCAAGCUGAUCACACUGCUGCUCGCCCACGCCGGGGUCUUCGAUGACUCACUAGGCAGCUUCUCCGGGGUCUUUGGCAUGGACUGGAGGGAGAAAACCUCGCGGGACUUUGUCAGGUUUUGGAAAGAGGUGGUUGAAGAUGCUGAAGUCAGGGAGCUUAUCUGGGACAAGAGCAGCCCUGCACACGAUGGUACGUCAGUCCAGGGCCCCUGGCAGUCUCUCUUCCACCCGCCGCGGGACGCAGGCAUCAACGACAUGGAGGGCCAGCGUGUGCUGCAGGUGGCAGUCAUCCUGAGGAACCUCUCCUUUGAGGAGGCCAACGUCAAGCUGCUGGCGGCCAACCGCACGUGCCUGCGUUUCCUGUUGCUGUGUGCCCACUGUAACCUCAUCUCCCUGCGCCAGCUGGGCCUGGACACGCUGGGCAACGUGGCCGCAGAGCUCCAGCUGGAUCCGGUUGACUUUCGGACAACCCAUCUGAUGUUUCACACCAUCACCAAAUGCUUGAUGUCCCGGGACCGGUUUCUCAAAAUGAGAGCCAUGGAGAUUCUCGGCAACCUUAGCAAAGCGGAGGACAAUGGCGUGCUGAUCUGCGAGUAUGUGGAUCAGGACUCAUACCGGGAGGUGAUGGGUCUGCUCACCCUGCCAGACCUGAUGGUCCUCAUGGCCUCCCUGGAGGUGCUAUACUUGCUGGCCCAGCUAGGGGAGGUCCCCUGCGCUAAGAUUGCCUCUGUUGACCACAGCAUAGACCUAUUGGUGCGGUUGGUGUCGGUAGACCUGCACACAUUUGGACCAGAUGCCCUCACGGCGGUGAGGUUGAUUGAGCACCAGGCCAGCGCCAACCAGGUGGCAGAGGUGCGAUCGCAGCUGGUAGAGCAGGUGCCAGCGCCGAUGCAGGGGGCAGCAGUACCCGUAACAAGGGUGCCGGUGCAGUCUACUCCUCCACCGCCUGGUAUUGUGGAACUAGAUGGGGAGAAAUUUACGCUACAGUGGCUGAACGCACACUUUGAGGCCAACGCUGAGGGUUCUGUGUCGCGGUCAGAAAUGUACUCUGAGUACCUGGCCACCUGUAGCAAAAUGGGACGAACCAACAUCUUGAACUCCACCGGCUUCCUCAAAUGCCUCCGGACAGUGUUCCCCAACCACACGAUGCGACGGCAGGAGGAGCCCAAAAGUAAUGGACAGAUUCACAUCCUCUUGGUGGGGUUGAGGCGAAGGGCCAUCCCCUUGCCCAUCCAGCUGUACUACCAGCAACCCCAGCAGCAGAACCCCACACCACCUGCAACACAGCAGUUAGUUAAACACGAGACUGCUGCAGACCCUCAGGCCCUACCACCUCCAGGCUUACCUCCCGGGCCUCCUGGUUUGGGACCCCAGUUCGUCCGGGCCCCGACCCCCAGCCUUACCCCUGGAGGCGGGGCCCCACCCAUGGCCUUUACCAACCAGGAACCUCCCCAUGCUACCCAUCCGACUGUUCCUCGUCACCCUCUGUCCCCGCAGAUGGCUCCAAAUCCUCAGACCACAGCCCAGCAGCAGCAGCAGAUCCGACCCGGGCCAGUGAUCCAGAUCCCAACGUCGACAGCAGUCAUCCAGAACCACAGCCCUCAGAACUCAGCCCUACCAGCGCCUCCUGCCCAUCAACAACACUCCCCAAUGCUCCCCACAGGAACGCCUGUCACUCUGUUUCAGCAGGUACCACAGGGCCACAUCCUGACAGCCAGGGUGCAGAGCAUGUGCCCCCCAGUGGCCCAGCGCCCACCUCUGCCCCAAACGCCUCCCCUGGCUGGGCCUCAGGGUGGAGCUGCACAGCCCGAGCCUCACCAUGGGGCUGGGGUGCCAGCACCCACUCCUUGUUCUUCCUCCAUCCAGAACUUCCAGGUGGGAGGUGGUCAGGUGUUCACCAUUGCCGGUGUACCUAAUGCCCAGGGCUCACGGGUCACCUUCCAGAAUAUUGCCCCAAAACCGGCUCCGGCGCAGGCUGCUGGACCUUCGCCCCUGGGAGCAACUCCCAACCAGCAGCCUCAGUCUCAGCAGAGUCUUGUCAUCGUCAGCCCCAGCCCUCAGCAAAACCCCACCUACACGCCGGCCAUACACCAGAUCGUUCUUGCCAACCCCUCAGCCAUGCCUGGUGCCCAGACUAUUCAGAUAGCAGGGCAACCUGGAGCUAUAUCCAACCCCUGCCCACCUCCUACUGCUAACCUCCCCUCCCACUCCAAUGCCCAGGUCCAGUGUCCUCAAACAGUUGGCCACAUUCUGUCACUAAAACAACAGCAACAGCCGCAGCAACAACAGCAGCAGCAACAACUCCAGAUCAUCUCCCAGCCACCUCCUUCUCAGCCUACCUCCACAGAGUCCAGUUUGAUCAAACAGCUCCUGCUUCCAAAACGAGGUCCCACCAUCCCAGGAGGCAAGCUAAUCCUUCCCGCUCCGCAGGUACCAACCCCCAACAGCACCACGCUUGCCCCCAGCCCGCAGGUCAUCUACCAGGCUGGCUAUAGUGCACAGGGUUCCUCCCCCCAGCCCCAGCAACUUAAUGUUCAGCUCCUCCCCGGGCAGCUGCAGGCGCCUGGCGGUCCAGCCCUGCAGGCGGUGCAGCUCUUACCAGGCCAGCUCAUCUCCACCAGCAGCCCUGGGGCAGCCACCAUCAUUCAGGGUCCUGCAGCCAGCGGCCAGGUCACCUUCACCGUGGUCCCAAACACUGGUUUCACCACCUCAGCUGCUGCUGCCGCUGUCAGCCAGGGAGCAGUGGCACCGGGCAUGGCUCCACCUCCUUUCCCAAUGGGAACAACCCCCCAGCAUGGCCCCGCGGUACCCCAACCACCCACCCCUCCCCUCAGAGGAGACAAGAUAAUUUGUCAAAAGGAGGAGGAGGCGAAGGAUGCUACAGGGCUACAUGUUCAUGAGAGGAAGAUCGAGGUGAUGGAGAACUCCUCUCUGGCGGAAGGCGGCUCCUCCAAUGGAAAAGCCAGUAAUGGUGACAUUGGGGCAGGCACCAAGCUGCUCAACGGGAGGAAGUGCGUGGAGUCGAGUCUACCUCCAUACCACUCAGGGAACAGCCAGGGGGUGCUUAACGGCCCAGCCGCCGAGGGCCACCCUGCAAAUGGACGGCAGGCGCUCUCCCCUAGCCUGAACGCCCCACUGGAGGUCACCCUGGACCCCAAAAAGACCCUUGUCAAUGGGGUGUGUGACUUUGAGCGGGGCGAGAGCGGCGCCAACUUUAACAAAAACAUUCCAAAUCACGUCUCUUCCAAACAGUACCUGGGGAACGGGGAGGUGGGCCCUGCUGAGAGGGGACUCAACUCGGAACAGAGCCUCCCUUCUCCUCCUCCCCCCAUGCAGCAGGACACUGCCAAAGUCCAGCAGGUCGAACGGCUGGCUAAUGGGCCUCAGGCGGCGUUAUCCAAUGGACCUUUGGGGCCUGGCCUCCCUGUGCCUGUGCUGAGACAACAGCUGCACCCCAACACCUCCUUCCCCCCCAGCGUCACUGUUACCUCUCAGAGCCCUGCUAAUGGUGUGGUUCCUGAGGCCCGAGGCCUCAAGAGGCCAGCAGACAAUGAUGACCGUGGCACAGUUGCGGCGUCAAACACGUCGGGGAUCCCCAGUAAAGUGGGCGUGCGGAUCAUCACCAUCAGCGACCCGAAUAACGCCGGCAGCAGCGCCACAAUGGUGGCGGUACCAGCGGGCACUGACCCAAGCACAGUAGCCAAAGUAGCAAUAGAGAACACCACUCAGCAGAGGAACUGCUCCCCCAUACAGGCAGCUGGCUCCACGCCCACUGUUACGCCCUCCCCACCCCCGGUAUCGCAGCCUCCCACUACGGCCAGUCCCUGCCUCCACCCCUCCAUGCAGCAACCCCCCGCGGCACCACCGGAACAGACCAGGAGACCCGGGCAGAACUUCAAGUGUCUGUGGCAGUCCUGUAAACGGUGGUUUGAGACGCCGUCACAGGUGUUCUACCACGCAGCCACGCAGCAUGGCAGCAAAGACGUGUACAGCGGCCAGUGUUUGUGGGAGGGAUGUGAACCUUUCCCCCGGCAGAGACUGUCCUUCAUCACACAUCUACAGGAUAAGCACUGUUCCCGGGACGCCCUGCUGGCUGGACUGAAACUCGAGGAGCAGGCUCAGAGCCCCAAUCAGAACGCUUCCCAGACUCCGCCUGCGGCAGGCGGCACCCCAACACCACGAGCACAGAAGGCUAUCGUCAAUCAUCCGAGUGCAGCUCUCAUGGCGCUACGCAGAGGCUCUCGGAACCUCGUGUUCAGGGACUUCACUGAUGAGAAAGAGGGACCAAUGACCAAACACAUACGACUAACUGCUGCCUUAACAUUGAAGAACAUCGCCAAAUAUUCUGACUGUGGUCGCAAGUUGGUGAAGAGGCAUGAGGCCCACCUCUCUGUGUUGGCAAUUAGCAACAUGGAGGUGUCCACCACGCUCGCCAAAUGCCUUUAUGAACUGACCCGCUCGCUCCAGGCCUGAGACCCACAGGACAACCUCUCUGGUCAGCUCUCCCUCUUUCACUCCAUCUAUCUCCCUGUUCCUCUCUCUCGCUCUGGAGAAGAGGGGAGAGAAAAGAAUGGGAACCGAUGUGGGUAUGUGGGGGCAAGAGGCAACAGCCGUCUCUAACUGAACCCUCAUCUUCCCGCUGUCCACCCCCCCCCUCAAAAAAAAGUACCGGUUCUCACAACAAACUGCCACGGGGGUCUUCCACCAGCUGCCCACCAGGGGGACCUCUUAAGACUGCUUCCCUGGGGGACUCCGCCACCGGGGGGGGGAGAAAAAAAAAAUCCAAAUACGAGCACAUUUCCCGUUUCGUUUCGUUUUCUAGUCCCCUGCCUGUUUUGGAAAGAACUGAUGAUGUGAGCGGGAGUGAG